UAUCCCCGCGCCUGCGCAUUCUUACUUUCUGCCCGGUCGCCAUGGAGUCCGCCAGCAGCCUCGGACCGGAAUCGGAUUUGACACCGAACUAUGGACCGGAAGCGGGUGGCAUAACGGAGCAGAGUAACCCAGAAGCAGAUGAUAUCCUCGCGGAGGAGGUUUCCCGGUUAUUGGAGCCCAGCAGUUUUGGGACAGAGAGCUGUGGAGACUGCGGCCCAACGAUGGCGGAGGACGGCGGUUUACUGAAGAAACUCGAAAUCAGCGUCUCCGAAGCCGAGAAACGGACUGGAAAAAAUGCAGUGAACAUGCAGGAAACGUACACGGCGUACCUGAUAGAGACCAGGUCUUUGGAGUCCGAGGCGCAGAGUUCCCCGUUGGACAGUCUGUGGAGGCGUUACAGCGAGUUUGAGUUACUCCGGAACCACCUGUCCGCCGGUUACCCGUUUGUGGUCGUUCCUCCGCUCCCAGAGAAACGGGCAGAGUUUGUUUGGCACAAGCUGUCGGCCGACAACAUGGAUCCCGACUUUGUGGAGAGACGAAGGAUCGGUUUGGAAAACUUCCUGCUCCGCGUCGCUUCUCAUCCGGUUCUCUGCCACGACAAAAUCUUCAGCGCCUUCCUUGCGCAGGAGAGCGGCUGGAAGGAGGCUGUGAACGAGGCAGCGCUGCAGGUUAAGUCGGACUCCAGGUUAAAGGCACUAAAUGCAACUUUUCGUGUUAAGAACCCAGACAGGAGAUUUAGUGAGCUGAAGCAUUACAGCGAUGAGCUGCAGUCUGUCAUCUCCCACCUCCUGCGGGUCCGAGCUAGAGUUGCCGAUCGGCUGUACGGAGUCUACAAAGUUCAUGGAAAUUACGGCCGAGUGUUCAGUGAGUGGAGUGCGAUAGAGAAGGAGAUGGGGGAUGGACUGCAGAGCGCCGGACACCACAUGGAUGUGUACGCGGCGUCCAUCGACGAUAUCCUGGAGGAGGAAGAGCAGUACGCCGACCAGCUUAAGGAAUAUCUGUUCUACGCUGAGGCCUUACGGGCCGUGUGCCGGAAGCACGAACUCCUUCAGUACGACCUGGAAACGGCGGCUCUGGAUCUCGCUUCCAAAAAACAGCAGAGCGAAGAGCUGGCUACUGGGUCGGUGAAAACGUUUUCACUGAAAGGAAUGACCAGCAAACUGUUUGGCCAAGAAACCCCGGAGCAGCGAGAGGCCAAGAUAAAGCUGCUAGAGGAGCAGAUACAGGAGGGAGAGGAGCAGCUAAAGGCGCGGAACGUGGAGGGCAGAGAGUUUGUGAAGAACUCGUGGCUGGAGAUCGAGCGAUUCAAGGAGCAGAAGAAUCGGGACCUUAAAGAAGCUCUGAUCAGCUACGCCGUGAUGCAAAUCAGCAUGUGCAAGAAGGGCAUCCAGGUCUGGACAAAUGCGAAGGAAUGCUUCAGCAAGAUGUGAUCGGAGGACGGUCGCCCCGCAUCGUGCCGCGUGGGAGAAGCGCGAGUGCGUCUGCGGUGAUACUCGGUGCUGCGGGACAGUCAGACCCGGCCGGGUGAUCUCGCCCCGAACGUACCGGACGCAUCCUGCGGUCGCAGCUUUCAUUCUAUCGCGUGAGCUUUUCCUUAAUGCGACUUUCGCUCCACGGAAUCUCCCUCCGCUGCGUGAAAUCUUCACACGAAAUGCACGUUAAUCAGGAAAUUCCAGGAGCUGCGUCCGUUCCCCGACGGCGAGUCUCCUGAUUAAUCCCUCUGUCACAAACUGUCCGGAAUGCAUUAAAGCUCCGGCUCGGUGUCCCGGCUGCGCGUUUCAGCUUCGCCAGUGAAGAAGUUUUGAAAAAAGAAUAUA